GCCCUUCCAGAAGGAUGAAUUACUGAUAGGAGAAAAUGCAGAGAUUGAAGUGAAGGACCUGCAAGUGAUGGAGUUUAGGUGCAGGGACCAGUACAACUUUUGAAGAUGUUUAAAUGUGCUACAUGGAUCUGCCUAGAACUUUUCCUUUUGUUCUAUAUGAACUGCCUCCAAAUAAUACCAGGAUUACCUAGUUCCCCGGACUACCUGCAGCGUGGUUGGCAGAGACUGUUAGAGGAAGGAGAAAGCUGCUUGGACUGUAAGCCAGAAGAAUGUCCUCAGCCCAGAGGAUGCCUUGCUGGGGUGGUAAGGGACACUUGUGACUGCUGCUUGGAAUGUGCCAACUUGGAAGGGCAGAUAUGUGAUCUGGAUAACACCAACCACUUCUAUGGAAAAUGUGGAGAUAACUUAGAAUGCCAACUAGACAUGGGAGAUCUGAGACAUGGAGAGGUGCCGGAACCUCAGUGUGUCUGCUUAUCUAACACAGCUGUGUGUGGAUCCGAUGGCAAAACCUAUCCCCAGCUGUGCAAAUUCCAGGAGAUGUCCAAUGCUCAGCCAGAAAAAAAUCUGACUGUUGCACAUGACGGGCCAUGUGAAUCAGCACCACAGAUCCUUACGCCACCCUAUGACAACUGGAAUGUUACUGGGAAUGAUGCUAUAUUUGGCUGUGAAGUCUUUGCCUAUCCCAUGGCAUCUAUUGAAUGGAGGAAGGAAGGUACUGAAAUGCUGCUACCUGGUGAUGAUCCCCAUAUUUCAGUCCAGUUUAGAGGAGGUCCUCAGAAGUAUGAAGUGACGGGGUGGCUUCAGAUACAAUCAGUUCGUGCAGCUGAUGAGGGGAGUUACCGAUGCUUUGCUAAAAACAAAGUUGGAGAAGUUAUGGCAGCAGCGACCCUCACAGUGCUAACACCAGAACAAGUCAACCUGACGGGAUUGUCUCUGCCGAAAUUCCGCAACCCUUUGCAAGAGGACGAAUUUGACAAUGAGGAUUCUGAUUAUUACUGAAUUUCCAAAGAACGAUGGAUCUGGUCUGAAUCAUUCUCAACAAGUUCUGUCCAUACAUGGGUAGAACAUGCCACAUACAGCAAAUUCCAUUUCCAUGACAAGGGACAAUGAAAAGCACUUUAUAUUUGUAAACCCGCUUUGGCAAGCUUUGUAAAAUAUUUUUAUUUGAAGGA